GUGGGCAGCAAAGGCAGAGGACGAUCCGUAGCAAGCUGUUGCAAUGGCCGUAUUUAUAGUUGGCAGAGGUGCCCCCCACGCACUGCACAUAUCCCCCCAACUUCGACUGCUCGAUCUAUGUACUCACAUUCCCUUUUGUUGACUAAAGAUAUCAGCGCCGCAACCUUAUAUAGACGAUGGCUCCCUCAGCAACUGCGGAGGAACUUCCGGUCUCGUUGGAAUCGCGCACUCUCUCCUCUAAAUCGGCGACAGUCGCCGCCAGUGUACUACACGGAGCUCUCGAUCUGAGAUUGGAAACCAGAAGUCUCGAGCAACCCUCUGCAGGCGAGCUUCAAAUCCAGAUCAAGUCCACCGGCAUCUGCGGGUCGGAUGUGAGCUACUAUAAGAAGUUCGCCAAUGGCGACCUCUGUGCUUGUGCGCCGUUGUCCCUUGGACAUGAAUCUUCCGGGGUAGUUGUGGGCAUUGGCCCGCAAGUCAAUGGAUUUGCAAUUGGGGACAAAGUGGCCCUGGAAGUCGGCAUUCCCUGUGGCCAAUGCGGAAUCUGCAGAAAAGGGCGAUACAAUCUUUGCAAAAAGAUGAAGUUCAGGAGUAGCGCGAAAAGCGUUCCUCACUUUCAGGGGACUCUUCAAGAGAGGAUUAACCACCCUGCGAUAUGGUGCCACAAAAUCCCCGAGCACGUCUCCUUCGAUGCCGCUGCACUUCUAGAGCCCCUGUCCGUCGCCAUCCAUUCAGUCAACCGUGCCGCCCCAACUCCUGGUUCAACUGCACUUGUCAUAGGUGCAGGAACUGUCGGCCUACUUGUAGCAGCAAUGGCACGUCAAUCUGGCUGCACUUUUGUAACCAUCAUGGAUGUCGACGAAGGCCGUGUGCAGUAUGCAAUCUCUAAGGGGUUUGCGACACACGGCUACGUUGUCCCCAAGCCUCUGCACCCUUCUGCCUCCUCUUCCUCCAUUUUCAUGUCUGGAACUUCUACUCCCGCCAGCUCAGAUGGUGCAAUGUCACCUUUGAGUAGCUACAGCAGCAUCAGCGACCGCCUUGAUGGCGCAAAAGCUGUUGCUGCGGAUGUCCUUGCAGUCGCGAGACCGGACAUGCUUGCUUUGGAUGACGACGAAGAUGAUGGAGUGGAUGUUACCUUCGAAUGCACUGGUAAAGAGCCGUGCAUGCAAACUUCUCUCUACGCCACAAAACCAGGCGGGAAAGUAAUCAUGGUCGGGAUGGGCACUCCCAUCCAGACUGUUCCUCUCUCUGCCGCGCACUUGCGCGAGGUGGACAUUUUGGGAAUUUUCAGGUACGCAAACACGUAUCAGACUGGGAUCAGGCUCCUUGCUGGAAAAGGCCCUAUGAAGUUGCCGAGCUUGGACGGCAUGGUUACACACAAGUUCAAAGGCUUGGGUGCUGCAAAGAAGGCGUUUGAGCUGGCAGGAAGAACGAUUGACGAUGACGGGAAUUUAGUUAUUAAAGUGGUGAUUGAG